UCUCUGCUCUCUCGCGACGCAGACAAGGAAGCGAAGCGGAUUCACAACAUUCUGGCGCAGGGCUGGGGGGUGCAGGUUUAGAGGAGUGAUCUCCCGUCCAAAAGAUGACGAUAGAUCGGGAGAUGUUGAGAUGAGGCAGGGAAGAUGCAAGGAAUUGGUAGGCAGCGUUGCGACAACGCCUGUGGGCGCCCGCAUACGCAGCUGACACCGCAAAACCAAUCACGGCUCCACUGCGUGCGUAUGAGGAUGGAGAUGUAGUCUCAGAUGUUUUUCUCAGCUCUGCUCGGGACUUCUUAGAGCCGAAAGAAAGCCUUAUUGCUGUUCUUCUGCUUGCUGAUGUCACGGUCGGGAUUUUAAUGGGAUAAGAUACCCAUGGGCAACGCUUCAGCCCGUGACGGGGCGGUCAGCAAAACUGAUGAGGUGGAAGAGGAGAUGAGGGGCAGCACGUUCGUGAUGAUCGACAAGUCGGGUAGCGGUGGAGUCAAUGGCAUUGAUGAAGACCACGUGUCUGCAGGCCGUGAUGGCGUUGGCGGUGGAGAUGCUGACGGCGAUGGUCGUGUUGGUUGUGGUGAGGGCAGUGGUGAUGAUGAUGGUGAUGGGGUCUGUGUAAAUAAUAAUGGUGGCAUAGAUGAACGCGGUGAAGACGGUGGUGUCAGUGGAGAUGUUGAUUACCGUGGGACACCUGGAGACAACGCUCGUUGUUUGGUUGCUGAUGGUCUCAACGGUGAGACUGGCGAUGGUAGUGGGGCUGCUGUUGAUGCUGCUACUAAUAACGGUGGUGUACAUCACGAUGGGGGCGGCGUUGCUGGAGGAGGUAGUUGUGACCGUGGUGGACACACCGAUGGAGGAGAUGAAGGAGGUGACCGUCUCCUGGCCGUGAGCACUGCUCAGUUUUCCUCCUUGUUUGACGAGGACGGACGUCUGGUGGACGAGUCCCUCUUCAGAAAACUCAUUUUCAAAGGCGGGCUGGAGGCAGUGGUGCGGCGCGAGGCGUGGAAGUUCCUGUUCGGGAUGUACUCCUGUUCGUCCACGGCGCGCGAGCGCAGCGCCCUCCGUGAGGAGCAGCGCGUCAAGUACCGCGUGCUUAAGUACCGCUGGCAGAAACUGCUGCCCGGCAACGUGCACCUGCGUCCCGACGGCAUGGACGAUAGGCUGGUGGCGGUGGUGGCCGCUCAACAGGCAGGCGAGAGGCAGGCCCAAGCCCACACGCCAGGCCCGGCGUCGCUUGCCUCCGAGCAAACGCAGAAGCAGCAGCUCACGUUCCUUGACAUCCAGGCCCGGGUGUUUGCCGACCGCCAGCCCUUCCAUCUGGAGGAGCUGCAGAAAGCGAUCCGCAUCAUCGAUAAAGACGUCCCACGCACAAACCGGGACCUCGCCUACUUCCAGAAGGAGGGUAUUUCCAAUCUGCUGGUCCUGCGUGAUGUACUCAUCACCUUCGCUGCCUUUCACCCAGACGUGAGCUACGCGCAAGGCAUGAACGACCUGCUGAGCCGCUUCCUGGAGGUGUUUGACUCGGAGGUGGAUGCCUAUUGGUGCUUCUGCGCCUUCAUGUCGCACAUCUCCUACAGCUUCACUGGUGACGGCAUGCUCCACAAAAUCAAAGUGGUGGAGGACCUCCUGAAGACGCUUGACCGGGAGCUCUUCGACCACCUCAUGGAUGAAGAGCUCGGGGGCCUCAACUUCUGCCACCGGUGGUUGCUGCUGGGCUUCCAGAGGGAGUUCCCACACGACGAGGCCGUGCGCCUCUUUGAGAUCCUCAGCAGCCACCACCUGGAGCUCACGUCACUGGAGGCCGAUAGGGUGCGGCACCAGACGCACAUUUCAGGCAUGCAGAAUCAGGAGGGCCUGGUACGGCCUGAGCUGCCGUCGGUGAACGCCGACUACACAUACGAGCUCUUCGUGUGCGCCUGCAUCCUGCUGGAGAACCGGCCGGCGCUCAUGGCCUGCAACGACAUGAUGUCCAUCGUCGAGUUCAGCAACAGCCUGCUGGGCACGUUGGACCUGGCAGCUGUGCUGCGCAGCGCCGAGGAGCUCUUCUACUCAUACUGCCGUCAGUCGGUGCUCGACUGCUUCGCUGACGGCCGCGCCAAGUCGCGCCCUCGUGGCUUCCUCGCCUCCAGGCUCUCGCAGAUGUUCAGCUGAGCCUGCUGGACCCCCUCCAGUCAAGCUGCACGCAUGCGCCCGCGAAGAACGCACGCCAUGAAGAAGACUCUAGAUUGGGAAGGCGACUCAAGCAGUGGGCGGCGGUGUGUUGGGGGAGCGUUGGGGGGAGCAGAGGGGUAUUGGGGAGUUUUCAGGAUUCUGAGCUUCCCGAAGGCUCCCUGUCUCUUCCCUACCGGUCAAAGCUCACUCUCCGCAGAACCAUAGGACUUAAAACCAGGAGCAUGGAACGUUUCAGCGAGUUACCCAUGUUCCGUGCGUGUCUCGAUGGAGAGAGCUGAUCUGCAAGGUAAGAGAGGUCGCAACAAAAUACAUGACUUGGAAUACAAUUGUGUUUGUUUUUUUAAAGAGUGAAGUUGGAGAGAGUGGCCAAAUAUUUUGACAACUUGCAUCCCAAAGUGUGAUUUUUUUCAAUGUUUUUUCUUAAUCUCUCGUGAAUAACUUUGCCGGUCUUUGCAGCUUUGACCUUAUUUCUCGUUUAUCCGCAAUGUCAAUAGGAUCUUGAGAGUUGUGUGAACGAUGAUGAGUAGAGUGGUGUGAACGAUGGUGAGUAGUUGUGUGAACGAUGGUGGGUAGAGUUGCGGCCAGUGUUUUACCAAGUGGCCCAUAAUGAUGCCCGGUCUUGUGUAAUGAAUAAACUUUAUUUGUGUGUGUUUUUUUAAACAAAAGUUCCAAAAAUAACGUUUUUAUCACGGCCAGCAAUUUGUGAAAGAGGCAGACGAGAGUAACGGAACUCAAUUCAGCUACACGUUUACAUCUAGCUGCGAUGUUUACAAGCACAAGAACGUCUCGAACCCAGUGACUCUACUGAGUCUGCAAAUUAAACAUUGUUAUUCGGUGAUGCUGUUGCGUUGACAGUGGUGCACAAAUAACAACAACACUCAACACGCUUGUCAACAACACUUACCUUAAAAUGAAAAUAUGUAUAACAGGCGACGCUUUUGGCAAUGGCCCUCCUUGUGCUAUUGUAAAGGAGAGCCGACACAAGGUUGCAGGGGGUUCGUCCUUUAUUCCUCUUCUCCCAUCCACACCUGUCCCCAGCCGUCUCAAUCUCGUUCCCGCCAAAGCUCCCCUCUUCCCGUCAGUUCUCCCCUUAUAUCUCCUCGAUUACCCCUCCCCCUCCUGUCACCGUCCCACUAACCCUCCUAUUGGUAAGAAUCCUUCCCCUGACACCCCUACACUAUGAACAAGGUCCAUUUCCCGAAACGUCGCCUGUGGUCCUUGUUCAUUCCACGUGAAGAAGGGCUAUUGCUCCAAACGUCGCUUAUUGUCAUUUUCCUUUUGAGGCCACAGUGUUUUUGACGAACGUGUAGAGUUUACUGCGAGUGACAGUACAGCGUAGGCUGAUUACUACCCUGAGCUCCAUCUGUCUGUCGUGCCGUUGCCUGAGGCUUGUUUACAGGAGUCGCUGCAUCACGGCAUCGCUGCGUUAUUUAACGUUUGCGUUUUCCGCAGGCGCUCCUCACCCAAGGGUGUUUUUUGUAGGCCGUGCUGCGCUGGUUGGGAAUUCCCUCUGUCGAGAGUUUUGCCGCCCACCCGCCCCCUGACUUUCAAACAAUACACAGAUAUUGUGUAGAAAUGCGCACACAGGUCUUUGUGAGUGUGAAACAAAAAAAAACCCAUCAGCAGUUCCUGGAGAAAUGCACCGUGGUCCUCUUGUUUUAGGUCAAAAUCAAAAUUUAUUUUAACAAACGUGACCCGACUGGCGGAAGCAGCGAUAGACGACAUUGUUAUUGUGGGCAUUUUGCGAAGUUGAAUUAAUACGUAUGUAUGUACGUUUGAACAUAGCCAACCAUGCCAAUCAUGCAGAAAACCACGCUCGGGAUUAUCGCUGCGUGUCUGCCAACGCCUCACGAUGUGAGCGGUGGGCUGCCGAUGUUGUAAUCCUCGUAGAGCAGAGGUGUCCAAACUUUUUGCAAAGAGGGCCAAAUUUGAUAAAAUACAAUUCUCUAACCACAAAAGUUACGUGAAAAUACACACUGUUAUAAAACAAUUGUCAUUGUUACAAUUACCUUUAUUUUUCAAAUGACAAUGUAACUAAAUAUAAGCCACUCAGGUAGAUGUGAACAACUCUAAAAACACAAUUCUGCCUUUCAUUCAGUCAGAUAACAUUGAACAAACUGUAUAGAAUACCUUAAAUUUCCAUGAGUUAAAUAUAUUUGCCUCAUGAACAUUUUAAACAGGAGUUAUAAGUAAUGCAAAGCGGUCUGUUAUCAUUAAACUUUAAAACAAGUGAAUUUUGCCCUUGUCUUUUACAAGAUCUUUCAGAAAGCAAUAGU